UAAGGGGGAUGCACAGUGAGAAAACAUAGAUUUAGGUCAAAAAUAUCGAUAUUUUAAAAUUAAUUGAUUUUAAUAGUUUAAAAUGUCUAGAAUACGAAUUCCCUAUCAGAAUACUAAAAAAAAUACGUUUUAUACAUCAAUUUUGUAUUUUAAAUGUAGAUAUAUAAGCAAAAUUUUGAUGUUUUGGUGAAAAAUCAACAUUUUGUAAGCUAUAGUUGAUAAGCUAAUGUACGCUCUCAUCCCUAACAGAUGGUAUCGAUACAAAGGUCUACUUUUCUAGUUCCGAUUAUGUGCAUGGUUUCUCAUUCUAUAAAUAAAUAGUACUGCAAUGAACUUUCAAAAUACGUCACUACCUCUUUUUUUCCCCUAUAUCCUCAUAUACACACCCACAAAGCCAUAUUUACGCAUGCGCACCAUCAAAGCUUCUAUAGUUACUGUAAUUACACGCAUGCGCACUGAAAAAGCUUCCGUAACUACAAAGUAUGCACGCAUGCGCACAUGACGUGAACCGGUCCUUCUUCUGUAAACUUCCAUCACAUCAACAAUCGAUUCAUUAUUGAAACUCAGAAAUGCCAACAAAAGGUUAUAUGUUUGGAAAGAAAAAACGUUACUGUAAGCCCAGAGGACGACAUGCUUCAAAGACAAAUGCACAAUUACAAAGCUCUGUUUUGGAUACAGCUGGAUCUGAAGCAGCAACAACACAGCCUGCAAGUGCAGCUGAGCGAAAAAUAUCCCUAACUGCAGUUACUAACGCUGAUAACACCAAUAAGAGGCUGCCUGAAGAUUUCAUAUACGUCAUGAUGAAUUCAAUGCAAUUGACCACAAUGGUCUCCUUGUUGUGCUGUCCACAUUGCUUUGACAACAAAUUAACUAUGUGCAUCACACAAUCAAAAGGCAUGGCUCAUUUGAUUAAAAUCAAAUGCCUAAAUUGUGAAACAUAUUUGUGGUCCGACUGGACCUCAAAAAAAAGUAAUGAUGUUCAUCUGGAUAUUAAUGUCCGCGCUGUCGCUGCAUUAAAAGAAUCUGGAAUCUCGCAUUCUAAAUUUGAUAGGUUUUGUGGACUUAUGAGUAUGCCCUGCAUGCACAGAAAUACUUAUAACAAUCUAGCUAACAUAGUCAAUACCGCUAUAAUUGAAGCUGGUGAAGAAUGUAUGAUUAGGGCAUCUGCUGUUGUGCAUGGAAGAAACAUUUCACAACCUCUAACUACAGAUGAAAGAAUAAGUUCAACAGGCUGUCCUGUUAUUACAGUUUCUUUCGAUGGGACUUGGCAUAAAAGGGGCCACUCAUCUCAUUCAGGAAUUGGCACAGUUAUUGAUUUUGAUACUGGACUCGUCAUCGACACCGAAGUCCUAUCAAAUUAUUGCCAUGUUUGUGAUUCAAACUCUGCAGAACUAAACUUUGAUGCCUCUAAGCAUAUGUGUCAAAAAAACUUCAGUGGCUCAGCAAAUGCAAUGGAGGCCGCAGCAGCAUCCAAAAUCUUUUCGCGCUCUGUGGCAUCCAGAAAACUUGUUUAUGGCACGAUGCUGUGUGAUGGCGAUAGUAAAUCGCAUUCAUCUGCCAUUACCAACUCAGGAUAUGAUGUAGAAAUCUUAAAAGAGGACUGCAUUAACCACAUCUCAAAAAGAAUGUUUAAUGCUUUGAACAAUUUAAAAAUGUCUAACAAAAAAGAACUAAAUUAUAGGCUUACAAAGCCAAAAAUUGAAAAAAUUACAAAUUACUAUUCCAAAGCUCUGCGCCAAAAUGCUCCCGACAUUCAAAAAAUGAAGCUGGCUGUUAUGGGCUCAUUUUUUCAUAUGAUGAGCUCAGACCUAGAUCAUAACCACAGGUUGUGUCCUGAUGGCGCUACAUCUUGGUGUCACUUUAAGAGAUCAGAGGCACUAAAACAGCCAUAUAAAAAACACAACCAGACCAUCACAUCAGAAAUAGGUAAACUGUUAUUUCCUAUAAUGAAAAGACUAACAGACACAGAUCUGUUAAAAAGAUGUUCUAGAAUGGGAACACAAAACGCCAAUGAAUCUUUUCAUUCCCUCAUUUGGCAAAGAUGCCCCAAAACAGAAUUCGCAACAUUAAAAACGGUAAGGGCUGCGACAUACCUUGCUGUUUUAGCCUUCAAUAAUGGACCUGUUGGCAUCAGAUCAGUUUUUGACAUAUUAGGCAUUCCCUGGACACUAAAGAACAUUUCUUCUAGUGAGAAAAAGCAAAAUGUCAAACUACAGCUUGUUAGAAAAAGAAAAUCAAUCGCAUUAGUGUCCAGGAGAAAAAACUUGAAAAAACGAAGAAUUGAGCAUGAGCACCGGGCAGAGGUUCUAGAAGGUCCAACCUAUCAAUCAGGCCAUUUUAAUGAAUAGUUUUUUGUUUUUUUUAUUAUCUAUUAUGUUGUUUUAUGUAAAUAUUCCCUUUUUUUAUAUUUUUAUGGUUACAAUAAAUAUUUUAUAUCAUUUUAAAAACUUUAAAUGCGUUUUUCUCAAAAUGUAUUUUUAGGUGCAUGUUGUCCACAAGAAUCUCAAAAUCUUUAGUUCUGUAUAAGUUAGAC